UUGAUACCCGAAAAUAAAACGCGUACAAGCAUGCCGUUCAAAGUUGUUCAAACCUUGGAGGGAAAGAAAUAUAAAUUAUUUACUAUUCCAUCGGGUUGGGAAUCUAACAAUAUUCUCAGAUAUCCAAAUAAAUGCAUAUCAAAGUAUUUAAAAGAUGAAAAUUCAACACCAACGCUAGACUGGGACGUAAUAAAAUGUAAAGUAAAACGGACCGAUGUAUUAAGCUACGAAAACGGAGAAAAGCUUGUAUCUGAAAUGCUGAAGCACAGUGAUACGGAGGACGAUGUCGAUAAUUAUACGCAGCGGCGACGUUCACAUAACAAAUCUUUAAAUCUGAAUCCAAUAGCACAAGAUAUGAUGGGCAAUGUUGUUUUGACUAAACGUAACACAGACAUAGCGUCAUCGUCCGCUGACUUGCCGAUUGAAUUAAACUAUAACUUAGUUUAUACCGAGGAUAUUCAAGCAAAUUCAACAAAUACAUCUCAAGUCUUUUCAAAUGAUACUACACCUUUAGUACAGGAUUCAGUAAGCUUUGACAUCAGUAAAAUGUUUGAGAACCAAAAACAAAUAUUAGAUAACCAAGCAACUAUUCUAAGCCAAAUUUAUCAAAAUCGACAGCAGCAACUGGAUAAUAACUCGGCAAUUAUCGCCCAGAUUCAGUCUCUAAAAAAUGUGCAAAAUAGUUUCAUUCAAAAGGUGUCUGCUUUGUCUGUGCAAAUGGAAGACGCAGUAUUUCAAAUAACUUCAUCGUAUAAUCAAGACGUGCAAACUUUAAAUAGCAGCAAAGGCCAUGUUGAAAAUAUUCCAAUAUAUGAAAAGCCAGUUGACAGCGCCCAGGAGUUAGAUGAACUCGAAAAUCAGUUAUCGGACCCAAACAAUAGAGACUGUUUGAAAAAUAGAUAUUCUAUACUUUGUUCUGGAGAAGAAAAUGAGACAAAUGUAACUUCUGAUAACGGUGAAAGUGAGAAUGAGAUAAACGAAGAAGAAAACACGAUAAAUAAGAAGAAAAUAAAUGAUUCAGUAGAAGAACACACAAAGGAAAAUAAAGAAGGCGAUGUUAUAAAAAAUAUCUCAAAAGACAUCGCCAAAUAUAAUAGUAACGUUAUAAUUGGAAAGGAGACAAGUGUCUGA